UGCGGGCCCUGCGUGUCCAUGAAGCCCAAGUUCGCCAAGCUCAGCGACCGCUUCGGCAACGCGGCCAACUUCUACGCCGUCGACGCCGACGCCCGCCCCGUGUCCUCGAAGCACGGCGUCAGCUCCAUGCCGACGUUCGUCUUCUUCAAGGACGGCGCGGAGCUCGACCGGUUCUCCGGCGCGGACGAGGCGAAGCUCGAGACGCUCAUCGAG